AGAAUAGACCCUCAAGCAUUCUAAUAUUUCAAACUUCUCCAAAUUUCUCUGCAAGAAUUUCAAUGGCGUCAGGGAAUAGCUACCGGUUUCUUGGAGCAGGAGAGAAAAUGCAGUCGAUCGAAUUCAAUGAACAAUUCGAAUUCGAUGAAUCUCAAAUUUGGAGUACCAAUGAGAUCCCCACUAAUCCACCUGAAACCAAAAAAUCGAUUUCAAAUCCGAUUCCUGUCAGAAAGCAACACAGAAAAAUUACAACCGAAAUUGAAUCGAAAUCUCUGCCAUUGAACGUCCCGGACUGGUCCAAAAUCCUUCGAGGUGAGUACAAAACUCGCAGCAGAAAUUGGGAGAACGACAUCGAAGGAGAUGAUGAUGAGGACACAAAUGAUAGAAUACCCCCUCAUGAGUAUUUAGCCAGGACUAGAGUUGCUUCGUUCUCGGUGCACGAAGGUGUAGGAAGGACAUUAAAGGGGAGAGACUUGAGACGGGUAAGGAAUGCUAUAUGGAAGCAAACUGGAUUUGAAGAUUAAUUAAUAAUUUAUUUCUGAUAAUUAUAAUCGUAAGUGGUGUAGAUUCCUCUGGUUUUGGGUGCUAUUUUUGAUCGACUUUGAUUCAGAGGAUCAUGAUUUACGGAUGCAAUGGAAUUCUAACUUCUAAAUAUUCAGGAAAAUAAUCUUAUUUGUCAUGUUCUCCAUAUGGCAAAUUUUGUUGCCAUUUUUCUACAGUAACUGCGUUGCGAUUUGAAUUUUGAUAUAUUGCUAUGCUUAGCGUCAAA